AUGCAGACAUCAAUCACUACUUGGUUCAAAAAGUCUGCUGCAGUCAAGCAGUCCACUGCUACUUCCUCAGUGACACAUCAAGACUCUUUGGAAACACAAUCAACCACAUCAAUAACCCAACAUGCCACCACAUCAUCGUCACUGCCGCAACAGCCAACACCACAACCCACCCUGACCACACCACAAGACCCAACACCAACACCGACCCUCAAAUUCUCAACCAGAUCAAAACCCUUAGUCAAGAACAUAACCCUCGUCUCCUGCGACAAAGCCACCAUCCAAUCCUUCCAACGCCUAAAUACUUUACUACUACCAAUACCCUACCCCUCCACCUUCUACAAAGAAAUCCUCUCCGACCCCAUCGCCUCCGACUUGACUCUCCUAGCCCUAUGGCACGAUAACCCUUCCUCUGCUUCCACUUCNCCAGGAAAAGUAAUAGGUGGAAUACGCUGUCGGAUCCUGCCAGACCCAUCUACACAAGCGACCCCAAAAGAUAAGAUCCUCUAUAUUGGUACUUUGGGGGUUUUGAGUGCGUUUAGAGGCUAUGGGGUUGCGAGUGCGUUGUUGGGGGUGUUGAUUGAGAAGGGGAUCAGCAAGUAUGGCGUUACUGCUGUGGGUGCUCAUGUCUGGGAGGCUAGUCAGGAGGCUAGGGAGUGGUAUGCAAAGAGAGGCUUCAGAGAGACGCAUUUGGAACAGCACUAUUAUCGCAGACUCACUCCUCAAGGUGCGUAUGUGCUGAGGNNGAGGGAUAUUGGGCCCAGAGACUUGCUGCAUACGCUAUGA